GACAACGUGGUCCAGUGGUGUAUGCCAUUAGUACUUUUUUUUCAUAAAAAAUAUUGAACAAAAAUCAUUUCUUUAAAUUGCUUUAACCUUCAAUAAAGAAAGAUGUAUGUAGUACUAAGUUUCUUCUUACACAUUUGAUCAUAUCCAAGAACCUAUUUUACUUUUUCCAUUGAGUUUUGAUCUGAGAUAUUUUUUUUACUUUUACUCCGUUGUUACUGUUAUGUGGAGUUUCACACAUACUUUGGUUUGAUCUGUUUUUGUUUCUUUUUCGGUUUGUAUUUUGGCGAAAAAGGAAGUAUGGCAGAUGUAGCAUUGCAAUUUGCAGUGGAGAUAUUGGUUCCGAUAAUAAAGGAAACUUGGAAGUACAUUGAUAGUGGAAAAGAAGAUUCUGCAAAUGAACUACUGGGAGAACUUAAUCGUUUAAAGGCCUUCUUGCAGGAUGCUGCAAAAUAUCGUCAAAGCAACAGUGAACAGUGGAAAAACUUUGUCAAGGAAGUCCAAGUUAUGGUAUAUGAAGCUGAGGGUCUCAUUGAUAAGCUCAUGGUUGAGAUGAAGCUGCACCAAAAGAAAAAUAAAUUUGAACAGAUCGUGGAUAUUAAAUAUCACAAAACCCUUAAGGAUCUUGUAGAAGACAUCAAAGCAAUUCUUGGAAAGGUGAAGAAUAUUCGCGAAGCAAAUCUGCAGGCUUUCCAGGCAAAGCCAAUCCUUGAUUAUCAGCCGGAAAUUGUUGCCCCCGGCACACAGGAUACUUUAUUGGAAGAAAACAAAGUUGUCGGUUUUGAUGAGGAAGCAAAAGUAGUGAUCAAGCGACUUGUUAAAGGAACCAAAGAUUUAGAUGUUAUCCCUGUGGUGGGGUUGCCUGGACUAGGCAAAACCACUCUGGCAAUAAAAAUCUCUAAAGAUCCGCAAGUUUCCUAUGAUUUUUUCCUGACCAUUUGGGUGAACGUAGGCCCGCAAUCCAAACUGAAGGGGGUCUUCCUUAGUAUUCUGAAAGCGUUCAAGAAACAGACUACAGAAUAUCAAGACAUGGAUGUGAAGGAAUUGCCAAAGAUAAUAUGUGAAUUCAUUGACAAAGGCGGCAAAUGUCUCAUUGUAUUGGAUGACGUGUGGACAACAGACGUUGUGGAUGCUGUCAUGAAUGUUUUCCCCGAAAAAAGCAAAGGCCACCGUAUCAUGAUCACCACUCGUGAUGGACGUAUUGGUAGAUAUGCCAAUGCUAAUCCUCACAUGUUGAAAUUUCUGAAAAUGGAGGAAAGUUUCCAAUUGUUGGUAAAUAGAGUUUUUGGCAGUAAUAUCCGAAGGUGUCCUGUAGAGUUAAUAGAACAUGGGGAAAGCAUCGCAAAACAAUGUUUUGGAGUGCCACUUGCAGUUGUGGUAAUUGCAGGAGCUCUAAGAGGACGCACCAGCAAAAGUGACUGGAAAAUGGUUGAGGACAAUGUAAAACACCUUAUAAAUAAAGAUGAUGACCCAAAAAGCUGCUUGAAAUUUGUGGAAAUGAGUUAUGUUUAUCUACCCGAAGAGAUGAAGGCGUGUUUCCUAUAUUGUGGUGCCUUUCCACAAGGCUUUGAAAUUCCUGCUUGGAAGUUGAUCCGCUUAUGGAUUUCUGAGGGAUUGAUAAACUCCAACUUAACAGGAAGCCCCGAGGAUAUAGCAGAGUAUUACUUGAACGACCUUAUCAACAGGAACUUAGUAAUAGUAGUGCAGAAAAGGGCUAAUGGUCAAGUAAAAACAUGCCGUAUUCAUGACAUGUUACACCAGUUUUGCAAGAUAGAGGCUAAUAACGAAGGUCUUUUCCACGAAGUAUGUGAAAAAACAGAUCAGGCUGGUCUUUCUAUACCAGAUCUAGAUAGUUCUCGUCGCUUGUGUAUUCCACUCUCUCUUUUGAAAGCUUUUAUCUCCACCGAACCAUCUGCUGAGCAUGUUAGAUCAUUCUUGUGUUUUUCCACAAAACAAAAAGAAAGUGAGAAGCUUAGCAACAUUCAACAACUCCACAAAGCCUUUCCACUGGUCAGGGUCUUGGAUGUUGAAUCCCUUGAAUUUAGUUUCAGCAAGUAUUUCAGAGAGCUAUAUCAUUUGAGGUACAUUUCCAUCUCAGUUGAAAGCAGUGUCCUUCCGAUGUUCUUUGGUAAAUUUUGGAAUUUACAAACUCUUAUAAUUUAUACAAAGGCAUCCACCAUUGAAAUUAAAGCUGAAAUAUGGAACAUGCUACGGUUGAGGCAUGUGCACACCAAUGUCCCUGCAAAAUUGCCAUCCUCUACUACCCACACAGUAGAUGAAUCUUCUCGCAUACAAACUUUGUCUAAAGUUGCACCAGAAAGUUGCAGAGAAGAUGUGCUUGCGCGGGCUUGUAAUCUCAGAAAACUAACUAUUCAAGGGAAAAUGGCUGAUUUUCUUGAAAUUAACAUGGGUGGGUUCAACAACUUUCAAAAGCUAAAGUGCCUGGAGCAAUUGAAACUGUUGAAUGAUAAUGUAGACAGAUCCAUGAGCGGAGUUCUUCACCUUCCCCCCGCAUUCCCCAAAUUUCUAUGCAAACUGAAGAAGUUAACUUUGUCAAAUACAAGGUUUGCUUGGAGCGAGGCGAGUAGAUUGGGGCAGUUGGAAUGCCUUGAGGUCCUAAAGCUAAAAGAAAAUGCAUUUAGUGGGACAAUAUGGGAUUCAGAGAUUGGAGGUUUUAACCAACUAAAGGUAUUAUGGAUUGAAAGGGCAGACCUUAAAGCUUGGAAGGUCGCAAAUCUUCAAUUUCAAAGACUUCAGUGUCUUGUUGUUAAAUCCUGCGAUGAGCUUGAGGCUGUACCAAUUGAGUUGGCUGAUGUACGUACCCUUCAAGAAAUGACGCUGGAGCACACAAAAAAGGCUAUCAAAUCUGUGAACGCUAUCAAAUGCAGGAAGCAAGAGAUGCAUCGUGAGCACAUGCAGAAAGCUGCAGAAAGCAAAUCUGGAACAGAAAUCGAAGGCAAGAAAAAGGUGAGUGAAGAUAUGGAGAGUUUCAAAUUCGAGCUCACUAUAUUCCCCCCUGAAACGGCUGAUUGCAACCCCAAACAUUGAAGUUGAAAGAAGCAGGAGAGGAUCAAGAAGAUAUUGACCGUGCUGGGAGCCUGGGGGUCAUGGAGUAUCUGAUAUGACGUCAAGGCAUACAUUUCAACCUUAUGAGAUCGUCGCAAUAAGAUAUCUGUUUGUGUUUUUGUUUAUUCAAGCAUUAUUAAGUUGAGAAUUCGCUUCUGUGUGAUGACUGUUAGCUUGUAGAACUGUUUGUAUCUUUCAUGUGCUGUUAUGGUUGUAUUUGGCUUGUUUUGCUCUCGUAAAAGUAAUGUUGCUAUCACUGAUUUAUGUUGGAAGACAUGUUAUUCCAACUAAUAAAGUGUUACUUGUCUUA